CACACACACACACAAACGCCCACAUAAUUUUUUAUUCGGUUCGACGUCCAUUUACAAUUUUCAUUUUCAUUCACUAAAAUUAAGGAAACGAACUAAAAAGCCGAAACAACGUAAAACAAAAUAAAAAAAUUUCUCAUCAUUAAUAUAUAUAUUAUUUAAUAAUAAUAAAAAUGAUCAUGAUGAUCACCAACAACAACAGUAGUAAUAAUGCUACAAGCACUCCUACUACAACACCCACUAGUCUUUCAAUCGCAACCACAUCAUCAUCAUCAUCAUCAUCAGCAGCAGCAGCAGCAUUAACAUCAGAUACAUCAUUUUCAACCAAUAAUAAUAUGUCAAAUACGACGACGACUACCACAACUAUGGUUUCAGCAUCAUCGGCAACAACAACAACAACGACGACGACGACGACUGCGACAACUUUAACCACAAUGAUGCCUAUGGCUUUUGAUAAAAUUAACCAUCAUCAUUCUAGUGAUAAUGGUGAUCAAAAUGAUCAGAAUGAUGUUGAUGAUGGUGGUAUGAUCGAAAAUUCCAUUCAUGAUAAUAGUGAGAAAUUAUUUAGAUUAGAUAAUAAAAAUACAAAUAUUGAUUCAUCAUCUACAUCAUCAACAUUAUCAACAUCAACAAUUUCAUCAUCAUCUCAUGUACCGGUGAUAAUGUCAUUAAAUUUAAUAAAUACAAAUGAAACAACAACAACAACAGCAGCAGCAGCAGGGUUUCCAACAACAACUUGUCAUGUUACCGGAUGGACAACGAAUCAACCACAUUCACCAGUAGCAGAAAAACGUGAACGUCGUUUAAGUGCUUCACGUUUUGAGAUUAGUGAGAAUCGUGAAUUGAUCAAAUUACCACCAAUAAAAGAUGCACCAUUAAAUGAACGUGAAGAAUUAUUUAUACAAAAAAUACAACAAUGUUGUGUAUUGUUUGAUUUCAGUCAGGAUCCAUUAUCUGAUCUCAAAUGGAAAGAUAUUAAGCGGCAAACAUUACAUGAAUUGGUUGAAUAUAUUGUUACGCAGAAUAAUGUCAUUACUGAAGCAAUUUAUCCUGAAGUUGUUCAUAUGUUUUCUGUGAAUAUAUUUCGUGUAUUACCACCAUCAUCGAAUCCAAAUGGAGCUGAAUUUGACCCUGAAGAAGAUGAACCAACAUUAGAAGCUGCAUGGCCACAUUUACAACAUGUUUAUGAAUUUUUUCUACGAUUUUUAGAAUCACCUGAUUUUCAGGCAUCGAUUGCUAAAAAAUAUUUUGAUCAAAAAUUUGUUCUCCAAUUAUUGGAGCUAUUCGAUAGUGAAGAUCCUCGUGAACGUGAUUUUCUAAAAACAUCAUUACAUCGUAUUUAUGGAAAAUUUCUAGGACUUCGUGCCUAUAUACGAAAGCAAAUUAACAAUAUAUUUUAUCGUUUUAUUUAUGAAACCGAACGACAUAAUGGCAUUGCUGAAUUAUUGGAAAUUCUGGGAAGCAUCAUCAAUGGCUUCUCAUUGCCAGUGAAAGAAGAACAUAAAGUAUUUUUACUUAAAGUUUUGAUGCCAUUACAUAAAGUAAAAUCAUUAAGUGUUUAUCAUCCACAAUUGGCAUAUUGUGUUGUGCAAUUCUUGGAAAAAGAUCCCAGCCUUACAGAGCCUGUAAUCAAAAGUUUACUAAAAUAUUGGCCCAAAGUGCAUAGUCCAAAAGAGGUAAUGUUUCUAAAUGAAUUGGAAGAAAUAUUGGAUGUAAUUGAACCGGCAGAAUUUCAAAAAGUCAUGAUACCUCUUUUUAAACAAUUGGCCAAAUGUGUUUCAUCGCCACAUUUUCAGGUGGCAGAACGUGCUCUCUAUUAUUGGAAUAAUGAAUAUAUUGUCACAUUGAUGAGCGAUAAUAUACAGGUGAUAUUGCCCAUUAUGUUUUCAGCAUUAUUUCGUAAUGCAAAAUCACAUUGGAAUCGUACAAUACAUGGUCUCAUUUAUAAUGCACAAAAACUUUUCAUGGAAAUGAAUCAAAUGUUGUUCCAUCAAUGUUUAUGUUCAUUUAAAGCUGAAAAACAAAAACAAAAGCUUAAAAUGAAAGAACGAAAAGAAGCAUGGCUAAAAAUUGAUGAUUUAGCCAAACAGAAUCCAACUUUUGACGAAAUAGCCGCAACAUUAAAUAAUUGUGAUGAUCCAUUUUUAUUUUCUUCAUUGUUUUUGGACCCUUACAACAACAACAACAUGAUUGACGAUGAAGAUUUAUUAUUAGGUGAUGAUGAUCUAUUACCAAUUACAAGUAGUGAUAAAUCGUAUACUCAGAUGUCUGAUCCUGAACUUAGUGAUAAUAUUAAACAAUCAUUUAGAAGAUAUCGUAAAUCAAAACCUCAUAUUGAUCUCUCAACAUUACAAAUAUCAUCAUUGGAACAAGAAUAUAAAAAUGCAACCGAAAAUGGUAUCGAUAAUAAUGAUGAUGAUUUAAGUAGAAAUAAUGUGGUGUCAAUGGUCGAUAAUAAUGUCGAUAGAUAA